GUGCCCUCCAUGCCCGGGGGAUGAAGACAUUGCUACCAUGGACAGCCCGUGCCAGCCGCAGACCCUAAAUCAGGCUCGCCCUCAGUUGCCAGGGUCUGUGUCAGAGCCUUUGGAGCCUAGCCGAGGCAGGAUGGGGGUGGAGAGUUACCUGCCCUGUCCCCUGCUAUCCUCCUACCACCAUCCAGGAGCAUCUGGUGAGGCCUCGGCUGGCAGUGGGACGCCCAGGACCACAGCCUCAGCCACAGCUACCACUUCGAGCCCCUUGCAGGAGGGCUUUGGUGGACAGGAUGGUGGUGAGCUGUGGCCACUGCAGAGUGAAGGUGCUGCUGCACUUGUCACCAAGGAGUGCCAGCGGCUGGCAGCCCAGGGUGCCCGGCCUGAGGCCCCGAAACGGAAAUGGGCUGAGGAUGGUGGGGAUGCCCCGUCACCCAGCAAGCGGCCCUGGGCCAGGCAAGAAAACCAGGAGGAGAAGGGGGAAGGUGGUGUGGGCUGUGACAGCGGCGAUAGCAGCAGCAUGGCCGGUGGCAGUGGCCAGGCGAGUGCUAGGCUGAGGGAGGAGGCCCUGCCCUCUGCACCUGAGCGCCUAGCCCUGGACUAUAUUGUGCCUUGCAUGCGGUACUACGGUAUCUGUGUCAAGGACAACUUCUUGGGGGCAGCACUGGGUGGCCGUGUGCUGGCUGAGGUGGAGGCCCUGAAGUGGGGCGGGCGUCUACGUGAUGGGCAACUAGUGAGCCAGCGGGCAAUCCCACCGCGCAGCAUUCGUGGGGACCAGAUUGCCUGGGUGGAAGGCCACGAGCCAGGCUGCCGGAGCAUUGGUGCCCUCAUGGCCCAUGUGGACUCAGUGAUCCGCCACUGUGCUGGGCGACUGGGCAACUACGUCAUCAAUGGGCGCACUAAGGCCAUGGUGGCGUGUUACCCAGGCAAUGGGCUGGGGUAUGUGCGGCACGUUGACAAUCCCCACGGCGAUGGGCGCUGCAUCACCUGUAUCUAUUACCUGAAUCAGAACUGGGAUGUUAAGGUGCAUGGGGGCCUGCUGCAGAUUUUCCCUGAGGGUCGGCCUGUGGUUGCCAACAUCGAGCCACUCUUUGACCGGUUGCUCAUUUUCUGGUCUGACCGUCGGAACCCACAUGAGGUGAAGCCAGCCUAUGCCACCAGGUACGCCAUCACUGUCUGGUAUUUCGAUGCCAAGGAACGGGCAGCAGCCAAAGACAAGUAUCAGCUAGCAUUGGGACAGAAAGGUGUCCAAGUACCUGUAUCACAGCCGACCACACCCACCUAAUGGCCAGCCCCAGAGCUGCGUGGACUGACAGCUCCCUGACUUCAGGAGGGCCCUGGGCCCCAGUGGCAGCUCACCAGCCUCAGUGCCCACUCCUUCUCUGCCACUGCUGCUGCUUCUGGCUUGCCUUUGCCCUGUGUGGUGUGGAGGGAUUCUGAGCAUCACUGGGGACCAAGGAGGAAAGACCACUGCCCCUUGAGGGAGCUGGGGUUUGUGACCUGGGCAGUGGCCAGUGUGUGAGGGCAUACCAUAACUGAACCUGGGGGCCGUGUGCUGCCUGUCUGGUCAUUCCUCAUUGGGUUUGGAGCUGAGAGGAGGCAGGAUUUGGGGUUGAGGUGAGUCAUGGCCUCUGGCUGGCAAUGGUUUGGGGGGUGGGUAUCCCUACUCUCCCCAUUCCUCCAGCCUGGAAUGUGAAGUGACUCCCCAACCCCUAUGGCCUUGGCACUUUUUGAACUGGGCUGCUGCUGCUUGGGCAGAGUUAGGUGCCAGGAGGAGCAUGGGUGUGGAGGUCCUGCCAGCCAAGAAAUAAAAGUUUACCUCAGAGUUGCACACA